AUCCUAAUUAGACCCACACUCCAACUGCUUCCCUCUGCUUGCUCACACCCAAAUCAUUCCACUCAAGAUUUACGCGCGACGGAUUUGGUUUAUUUUAUUUUCAAGACCGGCAAUCUGGAUUCUUUCUUUGCACAGAACGAAACAAAAGAAAAGCUGGUGCGCUAAAUGUUCUCUUCAUUCAUUUCAUGAAUAAAUGUUGAAGAAUCUGCAACAACUCGUUUUCUCUCUAGCAAUGAAACGGAAGAAGCGAGAACGUAACGGUCUUGUUGGAGGAAAUCACGCCGCCGAUCCCUUUGCUACCGUGUUCUAUCUCUUCUUCUUCCGGCGGCGCCACCGCCUCUUCCCUCUCCUCUCCGCCGCCUCCGGUUGUAUUCUCCUUGUCCUCGCCGCAGUCUCCGUCUUCGCUCCGCCGCCUACCGCCACCAAUGACCUCCUCCACCACUCGUCACCUGUGAAUGAUGGAGCGGCUUUGGUGUCUUUGGAAUUGGAGGCUGAUAAUACUCUAUUUCAAGUUCCGGAUGGUGGAGGGAAUUUAGGUCGUCAUCUGUGGAGCUCAAGGGGAUCGGAAUUCUACUAUGGAUGCAGCAAUGCAAGUCAUAAGUUUCAAACUGCUGAUGUAAAAAUGCAGCCAAAUCGAUACUUGAUGAUUGCUACUAGUGGAGGCUUAAAUCAGCAGAGAACAGGGAUAACAGAUGCUGUGGUUGUAGCAUAUAUUCUGAAUGCAACUCUUGUCAUUCCUAAGCUGGAUCAGAAUUCUUACUGGAAUGAUAGCAGUAAUUUUGGUGAAAUAUUUGAUGUUGACUGGUUCAUUUCAUCCCUCAUGAAAGAUGUUAUGAUCAUCAAAGAACUCCCAUCUAAGAGAGGGAAAGUUUGGACUCCAUAUAACAUGCGUGUUCCAAGGAAGUGCAAUAGAAAAUGCUAUGAGAAUCAGGUUCUACCGGUUCUAAAUAAGAAGCAUGCUGUGCAGCUGACAAAAUUUGAUUACCGGCUUUCAAAUAGGCUGGAGACAGAUUUACAAAAGCUCAGAUGUAGGGUCAACUACCAUGCUCUAAGGUUCACUGAUCCCAUUCUUCAAAUGGGUCAACUAUUGGUUGAUAGAAUGAGGAUGAAAACCAAGCAUUUUAUUGCCUUGCACUUGAGGUUUGAACCUGAUAUGCUUGCAUUCUCUGGAUGUUAUUAUGGUGGAGGAGAUAAAGAAAGGAAAGAACUUGGUGCAAUCCGGAAGAGGUGGAAAACUUUACAUGCAAGCAACCCCGAAAAGGUGCGAAGGCAUGGAAGAUGUCCACUUACCCCAGAGGAAGUUGGUCUAAUGCUAAGAGCAUUAGGUUUUGGAAGUGAUGUUCACAUCUAUGUAGCUUCAGGUGAAGUGUAUGGGGGUGAAGAGACAUUAGCCCCUCUCAAAGCACUCUUCCCAAAUUUUCAUUCAAAAGAAACUAUAGCAACCAAGGAGGAGUUGGAACCGUUUUCAGCAUUUUCUUCUCGCAUGGCUGCACUGGAUUACAUUGUUUGUGAUGAAAGUGAUGUUUUUGUCACAAACAAUAAUGGAAACAUGGCUAGAAUGUUGGCUGGACGAAGGAGAUACUUCGGACACAAACCAACAAUCCGACCAAAUGCCAAGAAGCUAUACCGGUUUUUCUUGAACCGAAACAACAUGACAUGGGAAGAAUUUGCAUCUAAGGUCAGAACUAAUCAGAUUGGCUUCAUGGGAGAGCCAAAUGAGGUGAAACCUGGAAGAGGUGAGUUUCACGAAAAUCCAUCAUCCUGCAUAUGUGAAGAUUCUGAAGCAAAGGCUAGGGGAAGUCCAACUGCACAAAACCAAACUCCUGAAGAACUUAUAAACAAGGAGAAUAACAAGGAUGCUGGUGACGCCACUGAUGAGCAGUCCAUUGAGGAUGAACAAGAUGCAUCCGAUGUGGAUUAUUUGGACAUCAGAAGUGGGCUAAGGGAGCUACCUAAUGAAACUAAUAUUGACACCAUUCAACUUAAACCAGAGCAACCAGAAGUUGAAGAGUUCUUUUCAGACUAAGUGGAGGAGCCUGCAGUAUUUAUUGACAAGUGUUUGGUGACCGAUCCCUGGUGAAAUUUUUUCUCAAAUUCUUUGGUUCUUUCAACAAAGAAGCCAAGUGGUUUUGCUUCCGCAGAUACAUUUUUGCCUACUCCAACAGAUGAUACAGGAUGAGAAAGCACUGUAUAUAGCUAUUCAGCAGCUUCGUUAGUCGGUAUCCAGUUUCUUGUAAAUGUUGUCACAUAAUUGGGUCCUGGAGGUUUUGCCGCUUCAUCCUGGUAAAUGCUCUCUUUAUUAAGCUAAAAGCUAUUUAUAUUUGUGGCAGGAGACCAUAUUUUAUGCCUUUCUUUUUUCUUGUUUUGUUCAUUACAUGAUUCCUGCCCAAGGCAUGGUCUCUCUUUGAAGGAAUGGAAAGUGGAAAACAGGAAAAGAGAUAACAGUCGUUUUAAUUAGUUAUUAGGUUUUAGUUUACCUUUUUUUUUUUCUUUUUUAUUUUAUUUUAUUUUAUUUUAUAUUCCCCUAUAACAAAGAAAAGUAUCUUGUCUCCAAUGCUUUCAAUGUUAGAUACAGCAAAAAGAAAUAGAACUCAGAGAA